GACCUGUUGCCAGGACCAGUGACCCUGGUGAUGGAACGCUCAGAAGAGCUCAACAAGGACCUGAACCCCUUCACUCCCGCGUCCGGAUUCCCGACCAUGCCUUCAUGCAGGAUUUGGCCCAGGUGUUUGGGGGACCACUUGCCCUCACCAGCGCCAACCUCAGCUCCCAGGCCAGCUCUCUGAAUGUCCAGGAAUUUGAGGACCUCUGGCCUCACUUGUCUUUGGUCAUUGAUGGGGGACCAAUUGGGGAUGGCCAGAGCCCUGAGUGCCGAUUAGGGUCAACGGUCGUUGACUUGUCUGUGCCUGGAAAGUUUGGCAUCAUUCGUCCGGGUUGCGCCCUGGAAAGUACUACAGUCAUCCUCCAGAAGUAUGGGCUGCUUCCCUCACACAGAUCCUGCUCGUGAAACUCCGGAAGAGGGAGGGCCCAAGGACGGGUGCUGGACACUAUGUGUCUGUCCGCUGGUGGCUGGCAAGGCCUCAUUUACAGAGGCCGCUGGGGCUACAGUGUUAACGAGUCUGACCUUUUAAGGCAAAGUUUCUUUCUGAACACUGUCAACCAGGCCUCAGAAGCUACUGAUUAAGCCUCACACAUCACUGAGGAGGUUAUUUAUCUAUAAUUUCAUAUUAUCAGCUAAAAGCUGAAUGGAGAUUUUAAGAACAUUCCUAGUAUGGCCUUGUUUCUUGUUUCUUCAGAUUUUUGAAAAAUAAAUAACAGAUUUGGAA